GGACCCGAUGUCACCAAGGUGACCGGACGCUUUCACGGAAUUUCGUUAGCACACAAGGAGAAUUAAGUCAUUUAAUGUAGCCUACUCAUGGAUUUAACACAGUACCAGCUGUUCAUUUUGGAUCCCGGAUAUUAUCUUCACGGUCUUUAAGUAAAAAAGCUGUCAAAUAAACGCUCUUUUAAAGUUUCACGACCUUAAAACCUUGCAAAUAUAAAUUAUCUUGUAACUGUCACAAAGUUGUCAAGACCAGCGGAACAAAUGGCAGCUUCGAAAGCAGUCGUUCCCGGGCGAGCAUUAAGGACGUCCAAAAGAACUGACAAAUCAUCCCCAGCGUCCACUCAGAGCUUUAUGGAAAGACUGCCAUCUGAGAUCCUGAUUAAGAUUUUGUCAUACCUGGAUGCUUCUACACUUUGCUGCAUAAACCACAUCAAUAAGAUCUUCUAUCAGCUUGCCAACAGCAAUGCUCUGUGGAGAAAGCUUUACAUUGCGGAUUUCAGCAAGAAUAAAAAGUGCAUGGACAAAUCUCUGUUGAGGAUGGCCACGAUGGAGGUGCAGGAUCGACCCGAAGGUUACUAUAAGAGGCUGUACUUCAAGACUGUAGCCGAAUGUGACAUGAUCAAGUGGACGAGGCGGCUUGGACUCAUCAGUAUUCACACAGGGCUACCCAGCCAAACAGAGUGGGUCCUCAGAAACUUGAACGUCACCUGGGAACUGACAGUCAUGGGUAAGUCAGGGCGUAAGAGCACUUUGGAGCAGAGCCGGUCCCAGUUCACUGAGACUUCAGUGACACUGUGCUGGAGCGGAGGAGACCGCUUGCCCGACUACCAGCAGAUUUCCACCCUUCAGCUGUACGGUGUCAGGAGGCUAGCCUGCGUCAGCCCAAAGAGCCCUGUUUGUAGGUCCCUCAUGGAGAAGUUAGACAUGCAGACUCUAACUAAGAACAUGCAAGUCAUUGGCCAGGACAGAUUGGUGCAGCUUAAGUUGCUACAGCCUGGCAUCAUCAUCGGUGUCUGGAGGGACCAGUGCUCAGUUGCCUUUAUCAUGUUCACCCUCCACUUCCACAAGCUGGUGGAAAGAAGCACUCAGGGAUCUUCUGUUUGUUCUUAUGUGGAGCCGGUGGUCCAACCCCCUUUCUGUGAUAUAGACCCUGAAUACGGUCUCCAUGGUUACCAGCUACACAUUGUUCUCCACAACACUAUCUCUGAUGGGCUGAUCCAGCUAACAGUCAUUAGCAGCACAAACCUGUCCCAGCACACAUCUCUGUCUGGUGACAUCACCCUGCCCUGGCGUUGUGAGGCCCUGCAGGGCACAGUGGAGAAUUGCUGCAUUAUGAGUCUGACUCUGCUAGAUGAAUUUAGGAAGCCCUUCAAGUGUGUCACCUCGCCCGUUUCAGCGGAGCUGGAAAGGACGCCCGUGUGCUACGACUAUGACGGUGAGCACUACCUGAUCCACUAUCAGGAUUCUGACAUCCAGGUGAAGAUGAGGCUUGUGUGGAUGAAUGAACAGAAGCAGUUUAUUCUCAUCAGUUUAGUUGUCUAUGUGAGUGUUUGCUAUGUAAACAAGUAUUUCAGUAGAGAUUACUGAUUGUUCUGGAUUUCCCACAGAAAACUGGUUUCAUAUUUGAUAUUUUUGCUCGCUCCAUAAGACCAAGAUAACAGGUUGUUCAUUCAUUCAGUAAACGUUGUAGUGCAAUGACUGCUCGUUUUAUUAUUAUUUUGCCUUCAAGUGUUUAAUGAAUGAAUUCAGUUUGAAUGGAUCUGAUUUCUUUAAAAAAAACUUCUUUACUCUCUACUAAAUUUCUGAGUUAUUUCUUUUCUUUGGACUCGUUAAGCUUAAUCCUUCCCCUGUUCUUGUCACUUUGCCUUUGACGAAAUAGUAAAGUCCUUGAAAUGUA